AACACUUGUUAAAACAGUAUUGUUAAACAACUAUUAAGUUUGCAAUUAAAACUUUAAACACUUUAAAAAAAACUUUUAAACAUGCGUUCAAUGAUUGUUGCUUUCGCUGUCCUCAUUGUGGUCGCCGUCGGUGUGACCGCAAACAACGAGAAGUACCAGAAAACCGCUCUCAAAGACAUUCACAACCUUAAGUUUGAUAGCGUAAAGCCGGGUGUUAACGUAACAAACUUUGCCUUAAAAACCAACGACUGUUGGACAUGUGGGGCCCCCUGCGAGUCCAUCUACUGUUGCGAUGGCGCAAACCCCCAGUGUUGUCAAGUCGGUGGUAAUUGCGCCUGUUGUGCCGCUUAAACUCGUUCGCCUUGGUCAAUUUAGUCAAUUAUAUUAAAUAGUCAAUUAAAAUAUACUCUAGUUAGUUAUUAAUUGCAAUUUCCUAAUGGUCUCUGUUAUUAAAAAUAUUUAAAGCACUUAUUGUACAGUAUAUUUGAAAUAUACUAUAAACUUUUAAUUGUGUUAUUUAGUUGUCAAUAAAAUAAUUUAAUUUUUGUUGCAAA